CACCAGCAGCAGUAGCAGCAGGUGAACCGCUUUUGUGUUAAGAAAACAGCGACAAAGCGCUAAACAAACAGGAGUUUGCAGUGCAGAAGAUAACUGUUUACAGUAUCACAGAACAACUGUUUAACCACGGGAGAUGUCGCUGAACGGCACAGCUGCGGGCCUGGACGUGGGUCCGCUGAGGUUCGAAUGGCUGGACCACGCGGUCUUCCUGCUGAUGCUGGUCGUCUCCGGGGCGGUGGGCGUCUACUACGGCUUCUUCCGGCGGGAACAGACCACCUCCAAGGCCGACUACCUGCACGGCGGCAAGCGGAUGGGCGUCCUGCCCAUUGCCAUCUCCCAGAUUGCCAGCCACACGUCCGGCCUAACGCUGGUGGGCGUGCCCUCAGAGGUGUACCUGUACGGCAGCCUGCUGGGAUGGUCGUGGAUCUCGGCGCUGCUCACCGCCGUCGCCAUCCACUACAUCUACCUGCCCGUCUUCUUUGGACUGCAAGUCACGUCUGCCUAUGAGUAUUUGGAGCGCCGAUAUAACAAGACAUUGCGGGUAAUAGCAUCUGGCAUCUAUGCUUUCAACAUGGUACUUCAUAUACCGUUCUUCAUCUACGUGCCGGCUUUAGUCUUCAACCAAGUUUCUGGUAUCGGUGUGCACGUGAUCUCACCUAUUGUAUGCGCUGUGUGUAUCUUCUACACUAUGUUGGGCGGCCUCAAGGCGGUGGUGUGGACGGACGUCCUCCAGAGUGUGGUGGCACUCGGUGCGUGCCUGGGCGUCAUGGGGCUCGGACUCUACACCGCUGGAGGGCCGCUCAACGUCUGGAGGAUCGCAGACCAGGGCGGCCGCGUCGACCUCUUCGAGAUGACGCUGAAUCCGUUCGUGCGCACUUCCUUCUGGACGGUAACCCUCGGCGUGACUGCCACUUGGAUGGCUGGACGCGCCAUCAACCAGGACAUGGUCCAGAGGUUCAUCGCUCUACCAGACUUGGCCGCCGCCAAAAGGUCCCUGAUGGGUUUCACAAUUGGUAUCAUUAUCACCAACAUUAUCAGCAUCUCGACUGGUCUCUUGGUUUAUUCCUUAUACUACGACUGCGACCCCUUAAUGAGCAAGGCGAUCCAGCGGCCAGACCAGCUUCUGCCGCACUACGUGAUGCAGGUGGCCUCCCACGUCCCCAUGCUGCCGGGCCUCUACGUGGCCGGAGUCUUCAGCGCUGCUCUCAGCUCCAUGUCAAGCGCAAUGAACGCGCUGGCAGGAACCAUCUACGAGGACUUUGUGCAGCCGCGGCUGACGGAGAAGACCACGGAGCGGACUGUGAACCUCAUCAUGAAGGCCAUCGUGCUCGUCGUGGGGAUCAUCGCCUGCGUCCUCGUCCUCCUGGUGGAGCGGCUUGGCACAGUCUUAGAGCUAGCAUACAGCACUUCUGGAAUUGCGAACAGUGCUCUGCUUGGUACAUUCACUUUGGGCAUGGUGUGUCCGUGGGCUAACUGGAAGGGCGCUGUGAUCGGGUCUGCGGCUGGGAUGCUGCUGGUGAUAGUGAUGAUGGUGGGCGCGCAGCACGCCUUCACCACUGGGCUGAUGAAAUACCCGCGGCUGCCCGUCUCCGUGGAGGGCUGCUCCGCCAACGUCACGGCCGCCAUCGCCUCGGCCGCUGCCGCCACCACUCCCAGGCCAGAAGCCACAGGCUCGGUGCCAGCGCUGUUCCGCGUGUCCUACAUGUACUACACGCUCCUGGGCACUCUGGUGGUGAUGCUGGUGGGUGCCGCCGCCAGCUUCGCAACAGGUGCCACGUCGCCCACCAGCCUGGACCCGGCGCUGCUGGCGCCACAGCUACGCUGGCUCGCCGACAAGGGGCGGCAACGGCGGCAGGGCGGCAGCCGACUCUCUGCUGGCGGUGGGCACGAGGACAGAGGCAGGAGUGGGGACGACAGAGAAGAAGAGGGCGCCACAGAGCUGCUGGUCUGUGAGAAAGGAGCCGAGGCCGGAGGACAGCCUGACAAGUAGGCGCCUCUCCACUGGUGUUAGUGGCUGUACACGAUAGACCGAAGAUUCUAACCCUGCAUGGUUGCAGCAUACACGUCAACUGGAAGGAUGUAAUGUCACGGAGAUGUAAAGUUUAUCAGGCAUGGGUUACGGCAUUGGAUUAGUCCUCUUAAGGGACCAGUUUCUCCGAGGUUGGUUUCUGAGCAUUCUUGUUGGAGAAUCCAGUGUCAUCUGCUUGAGCACGAAAUAAGCCCACGAGACAAUUGAGAUUCUUCCACAUUACUGAACAAUUAAAAAACUUAGGCAACUGUAGCCCCGUUGGGUUCCCAGCAAUCGCCGAUACUGCGACAACUUAAUACGCUGCCAUUUUCAAGGUAUAAAUAACCGCAGUGCAUGGCAAUUUAAAUUCUCAGUGGAUGACUCUACGCCAACCAAAAAACCAGAAGACAGUGUAUGCAGGAAGACCACACUUUCAUAAACCGACAGUACCAUUACACAGUCAGAGAUGUGUAGUUUCAGAUGUUAAAGUGCACUAUUAAAGAAAAAUGGGAGUGCAGGUGGCUCUAACACGAUCCUUGUUUUGUGACAUAAGAGAGAGAUUGAGAGUCUCGUUAAGACGCAGAGAAAAAUAUCCACCUCUAUUUAUAAAGUAAUUUGCCAGUUCCAUCUCAGAAGUUUCUUUAACAACACUAUCCCCACAAUUGUCACUGCACAUUAUGAUCUAUCCAUUGCUAUGUGCCUAUUACAAUGUUGUGCUCGGCAUAUAGUGUUGCUAAGUGAAUGGGUGUUGGAAACGGUGGUACAGAAAAACUACUUUUGUCAAAUAUCGUAAUAUGUGGAUGACAGGACAGUGAAACGAGCGUGUACAAUCCAGUGGUGAGGCAGAAGGGGUAGUUUGGGGAACAUGUUUAGAAGCUCGAGUCAGACUCUUGUUAUCGUAGAACUGCUCACAGUUUAGAAAGUAUGACACCGCCUUGCGAUCGGCGCCAAGUCUAGCACCGAAAUUUUUGCCAGUUUUGCUGCUGAAAGCGUAUGCUGUAACAAUGCCACGAGGAUAUUAAUAUACCCAUGUCCUGAUUGGCUACAAAUUCCUCUUACCUAGUUUUGCUGCUGAAAACCAAAACAGAACUGUGAUUCCGCUGUCAGCGUAUCAACAAACGGGAAGCAAGAUGCAGCGAUGUGACACUAAAUAUAAACAGGAGCCAUGUUUGCACGUACAGCUUGUCAUAGGGUACACCUCACAGGCAAGCAGUUCUGUAGUGAUAUUUUCCUCCCCCAAUCAACAAGCUGUGUCCUCCAAAUCGUGCAGACGUGUAGCUGCAACGAAUACGUACACAACAACUUGUUCAAGCGCUAGUAAUUUAUAUGGCAUCUCUCAAA